AUGAAUAGAAGUGCGUUAGCAAUCCUUCAGAUACUGACGUUGAUCGCCUCACUAUCCAGAGCGUCACAUUUCACAGCCACCAAUGCUUGGGGCUCCAAGAAUCAUCCUCUAGCAAUCACAACACAUCAUCGUACACAACAACCAUCAUGGAAUGUCUUGGAUUGUGAUCGGUUUGUCAAUUCGUUCCUCACAAUCCGAGGUGGGGAAAUUGAUCUAAUCGACAAUGCUGCUGCUGCUGAUGAGGAUGGAAUUUUGAUUGUAAAGACGAGGAACAUAAUAAGAAGCGUCCUCGACGUUAGCGAAAAGAAUCUACCAACCACCACCAGAAUUCUGAAAUCUUUGUUUUCGGCGUUGGAAGGCAUCACGGGAGUCAAGCUUUUGCCAGAACCGGAAAAGAAGAAGAAGAGCAAGAAAAAGAGCAAAAAGAGUGCCGAAGUUAAAUCAUCGGAACCAGCAGAAGAGGAGAAAGACGAAGAAACAGCCAAGGAAAUCUCGUCCAAGUCCAAAACGAAGAGCAAGCUGAAGAAACCAUCCGCGGCAACGAAAAAACACUUGGCCAGCACAAUCAAGAGUACCAACCCCAAUUACCGAAUCCAAAGAGAACUCAAAGAAUUCAUCAAGUCGCCUCCACCCAACCUUUCCGUCCAAGUUGGUUCUAAUUUGCGUGUCUGGAUUAUCACCAUGGUGGGAGCCAACAAUACCAUUUACGAAGGAGAAUCCUUCAAGCUGCGAGUGAGCUUUCCCACGCAGUAUCCUACGGUUCCUCCAUCGGUCUACUUUUUGCAGGGACACAUUCCCACCCACGAGCACGUGUAUACCAACGGGGAUAUUUGUUUGAGUCUGCUUGGAAAAGACUGGCGUCCGACCAUGACGGCACAAUCGAUUGCCGUUUCUAUUUUGUCGAUAUUGUCAUCGGCACAGUCCAAGUCGCUGCCGAUGGAUAAUGCCAGACAUGCAGGAAACAAACCAGGGCAAUAUCAGAAAGAUUGGGUGUACCAUGACGAUAACUGCUAG